UUUUGUAGUGUGUCUAACACACAGAUACUCCAGAUUAGCGCGUGCCACUUUUAAUUUCGACGGCCACACACAAAAAAAAUAAAAAUAUAAAAAUAAUACACACACACAGAAAAACAGCUUAACUGACAACAUACAAAAUGGGUAACGUGCUUGCGGCCUCAUCCGGCGUCGAUGCAGCAACGGCGCGCAGCAACAGUGUGGCAGCCAGUUUGGGUUUGCCGGAACCAGCGGCUAUUUCAUCCACAGAGCAAUCAGCGCCCUCGGUUGCCAGCGAAGUGAGCGAUGCGUUUGGCAAGGACAAUCAGCUGGAGAAUCCCGGCACCGUGGAGGAGUUGCAUAAAAAAUGCAAAGAUGUCCAGGCCAUCACCUUCGAGGGCGCCAAGAUCAUGCUGAACAAGGGUCUGAGCAAUCACUUUCAGGUAUCGCACACGAUCAACAUGAGCACCACAGUUCCGAGUGGCUAUCGCUUUGGGGCCACCUAUGUGGGCACCAAGCAAUACAGCCCCACCGAGGCAUUCCCCGUGCUGCUCGGCGACAUCGAUCCGUCCGGCAAUCUGAACGCAAAUGUCAUACAUCAGUUCUCAUCGCGUUUGCGCUGCAAGUUCGCCUCGCAGAUCCAAGAGUCGAAGAUGAUGGCCACACAGCUGAGCACAGAUUAUAGGGGCAAUGACUUUACCGCCUCCAUAACACUCGGCAAUCCUAGCAUAUUCACCAAUUCGGGUGUCGUUGUUGGCCAAUAUCUACAAUCGGUCACCCAGCGCAUGGCCCUUGGCGCCGAGGUGGCCUAUCAAUAUGGACCCAAUGUACCUGGCCGUCAGAUAGCGAUUGUUUCGGCAUUGGGCCGCUACUCCAACGGAGAUUCGAUUUGGUCUGGCACCCUGGGCCCCAGUGGCCUUCACUUGUGCUACUAUCAGAAGGCCAGCGAGCAGCUGCAGAUUGGCGUCGAGGUGGAAACAAGUCUCCGCAUGCAGGAGUCUGUUGCGACCAUAGCCUAUCAAAUUGAUCUGCCCAAGGCAGAUUUGGUGUUCAGAGGCUCAAUUGAUUCAAAUUGGCACAUUUCGGGCGUUCUAGAGAAACGUCUGCAGCCUUUGCCAUUUUCGUUUGCGCUCAGUGGACGUAUGAAUCAUGUGAAGAAUAACUUUAAGCUCGGCUGUGGACUGAUGAUUGGUUAAGCAACAA